AUGCGAUUCCCGGCAGGUUUCACUGUAUGCAGUCGGAGUCUGCGAUGUGAUGCCCGCGUCUCCUCGACACGACGCCCUUCGUCCAAGGCCAGCAGAGCAUAUAACCAGGUCCAGCGAACGCUAUUGACAACCGCUGCUUCCAAUUUGCCGUCGAGUCAUCCGUAUAAUUCUAACCCCAGCAACCCGGCCCUGUCUGCAGCUGGUGCUGCUGCACGUCCUCGUCUUCGCUCACCACACAACUGGGCUCAUAUCGCGCACCGCAUUCGCCUACCUCCAUCCGCUAUGGCAACCCAGACUCGAGGCCAUGCCGGCCACUCGCACGGCGGCGGCCAUCACCACCACCACGACAGCACCUACCUCACCAGUGCCAACAAGAGCGAUCCAGGGGUGAGGAUCACACGCAUUGGGCUGUACGUCAACUUGGGCAUGGCCAUUGCAAAAGGCACGGGUGGAAUUGUCUUCAACUCGCAGGCCCUGACUGCCGACGCGUUGCACGCAUUGACGGAUCUGAUUUCCGACGUCACGACCUUGAUGACCAUUUCCUACUCGAUCCGACCAGCAACAGCUCGUUUCCCCACAGGGUAUGGCAAGGUCGAGUCGCUUGGUGCGCUCGCCGUGUCAGGAAUCCUGCUCUCUGGUGGCCUCAUGAUUGGCCUCCAAGCCGUCAUGGCGCUCAGCCAGCAGUUCUUCCCUCAGAUCUUUGAAGCUCUGUCAAAUUUUGGUAUCUUCGAGCACGCACAUCAUCAUGGACACGAUCAUGGAGCAAUGGACUUGGGCCCCAAUAUCAAUGCAGCGUGGUUGGCAGCAGGGUCCAUCGUCAUCAAAGAGUGGCUGUACCGAGCAACGAUGAAGGUGGCCAAGGAGAAGCGGAGUAGUGUUCUCUCAAGUAACGCCUACCAUCAUCGCGUAGACAGCCUGACGGCAUUCGUGGCACUCUUCACCAUCGUUGCAAGCCAUUUCUUGGAAAGCGCUCGCUGGCUGGAUCCAGUCGGCGGUUUGAUCAUCAGCGGCAUGAUUGUGCAAGCGGGAUGGGGAAACACCAAGACUGCUCUGUACGAAUUGGCCGAUGUUGGGAUGGAAGAAGAAGCCAGGGAAGGAGCGGAGAAGGCUGCCGUGGCAGCGUUGACAAAUACAGAGGCCGAGAUCCGUGGGGUGCAAGGAAUCAAAAGUGGACAGAAUUUGAUGUUUGAAGUUGAGGUCGGCGUCCCGAGCGAUUGGUCAGUCGCGCGAWCAAAUGAGCUGGAGGUGGAAAUCCGGGAGGCAAUCGCAGGGAAGGUGCGCGGUACCAAACGGGUAAAUGUUCGAUUCACAACCAAGAACGAGCCGGCGUUCAUGGAUCAGUUCGUCGCGAGCAAGGAAGAGCUUGACGGGCACAGCGAUCAUGAUCAUGAGCACCACGACCACGACCACGGCAAUGGUGCACCCAAGGCGAACAGCGAAUCACACAAGCAGAAGUGA